AUGGGGCUGAAUGCCGAUAUUGUGCAUAGUGUGUCUCAAAGGGAGUUUACCACUUAUGGUGAGUGUUUGAGGCAAUGUUAUGUUGCUGAGAACACAUUGAAGAGGGUUCAAGAAGAGAAAGAGCAGAACAAGCCGGUUCGUAGGGAUCAAGGAAGGUCGGGACAACAUUUGAAACCCCGCAAUUCUCCAGCUAUGAAGAAACCAGUUUACGAGGAUCGCUUUUAUCAACCUCCACAAUGUGGCAAGUGCAAUAGGAAACAUUUUGGGCAUUGUAGAACGGAUGCUAGGGUCUAUUUUAGGUGUCAUCAGCCAGGACAUAUUGCGAGAGAUUAUUAUGGAGCGACACAUUCUUUUAUCUCUUAUCAUUGUGUGCGGAGCCUUGGUUUUGAGACAUGUCUUCUUCCAAAUCCUAUGGUUAUGUCUUCGGCUACUGACAACGUAGUAGAAGCUCGAGACGUUUGCAAGGAGAGUUCUAUUACCUUCAAUGAUCGCAGAUUCUUGAUUGAACUUAUCUGUCUACCGCUUAAGAAGAUCGAUGUAGUGCUGGGAAUGGACUGGUUGUCAGCUAACUCGGUGUGCAUUAGUUGUAAAGAGAAGGCUAUCUUCAUUCCUGUUGAGGAGACUACAUCAACCGAUGCCAUUGAACAUCUUCUUGAAGGUACAGUUAACAUGAUCAAUUACCUUUUUGCUCAAGAGAAGUCUUUCCUUUUGGUUCUUACAUCAGACUCCAAGGACAAGAAGAGUGUAUUGGAGAUUCCGGUUGUGUGUGAAUUUUCCGAUUUAUUUGCGAAGUUUAGCAAGUGUGAGUUCUGGAUGUCUGAAGUCAAGUUUCUUGGACAUGUCAUAUCUGGCGGCGGUGUAGUUGUAGACCCUUCAAAGGUAGAAGCAGUAAUAAAUUGGGGACGACCCAAGAAUGCAACCAAGGUCCGUAGUUUCCUUGGAUUGGCAGGUUACUAUCGAAGGUUCAUUAUGGGAUUUUCCAAGUGUGCAUUACCUUUGACCAGGCUUACAAGGAAGGAGGUUUCGUUUAUUUGGAAUUCAGAAUGUGAGAAGAGUUUUCAGAAACUCAAGGAGAAGCUAACUACAAUUCAAGUGUUAGUGAUCCCAGAUCCAAACUGA